GCAAGCGCAGUUUCGAGCUUGGAUUGGUGCAGGGGGCACAGCAGACAACGGAGGCCAAUUUGUGUUGUGCUUUCUUUUCGGAUAAGGGUUGUUUGUGAGCUUGAUUAUUUCUUCGUCAUGGAUCCUCAGACGUAUAUGGAUGUUGCCACAGUGGUAACGAAGUUGAAAAUGUAUCCAUAUUUUGACAUUGCCCACUACACCCUUAUGUGUAUCGCUGUCAGAGAGGAUGUACUGCCCCAGCAAGGCUCAAGUACGCCAUCGGUGCCAUUUUCUCGCAAGCAUCCUCUGUCCAGCUGGUUGUCCAGCAUGCUCAUCUGCUUUGCGGGCAGCAUCAUCGCCAACAUGCUGCUCGGGGAGCCUCUCAUCACACCAUUCAAAGACCAUCAGAGCAUCUUGACAGCCACCGCUGUCUGGUACCUUGUGAACUACUCCCCUUUUGACCUGGUCUACAAACUCGCCAAGUUCCUUCCCGUAAAGCUGGCGAUCUGUGUGCUGAAGGAGACACAGCGAGCACACAAGGUCUACCAUGGGGUAUUGGUGGCCGCCAAGCUGUACCCUAGUUCCUACCUUGUUAUUAUCAUGGUGGGAACUCUAAAAGGUGCUGGCAGUGGGCUGAUGAAGAACUUUGACCGCUUGAUUCGAGGCAUCUGGAUCCCAGGCAAUAACGAGAUCCUGCAACCUUCUUUUGCUACCAAAGCCAGCCUGGUGGCCUCUAUUGUGUUCCUGUGCGAGCGCCUGAAUCUGAUCGCUGUGCCCCACCCACUCAUCUACUUUGGCAUUGUCCUAUUCUUCGUCUACUUCAAGAUCUCUUCUGUGGUGCUGGGCAUCCACGACCCGUUUGUGCCACUGGAGAACCUGUUCUGCGCCAUCUUCUGCGGGGGCAUGUGGGACGCGCUCAGACGUGCCGCCAGCAAGGAGCCCACCAAGGAGGAGGAGAACAAAGACCCACGUAAUGAUGUCAUCAAGUCCAAGGACGAGAAGAAGAAGGAUUAAACUUGUGCUGCCUAGCAAGGAGCCCACCAAGGAGAAAGAAAACAAAGACCCACUUAAUGAUAUCAUGAAGUCCAAAGAGGGUUAAACUUGUGUCUAAAAUGCUUAUGAUUCUAGAUCUGGGGAAAAUCUUCCAGAUUUUUUUGUAUUCAGUUGUAUAUUAAAGAGCUUAUGGAGGAGAAGAAGAACAAACAGAUUUUACGUCCCAAGCUCUGAUGAUUUCCUGAACUUGGUUAUAUCUUUUUAACCAAUGUGCCAGCAUUUGGACAAUAAAUAUUUAUCUUGUCGUAUAUUCCUAUCUUAUCUUUGGUCUAAUAGUAUAGGAUUAUGUCCAAGGUGUUGAAGGAUGAAAUCAUAUUUAGUACUCUAUCGUAAUGUCUAGCCCUGGUGGCUUCAAGACUUUGACUACGUCUUAUAAGUCUUUAGCCUUACUGUGCCUCAACCAAUUAUCUCGUUUCAUUAACAAAACAGAAUUUCUUUAUCAGACGGUUAAGACUCUUUCCAGAAAGACAGGAAUGGUAUAGUUUAAUUUUGCUGCUGAAUUUGAGCCAAAUGAUGCUCAUUACAAUGGAUUUUUUAUUAUGAAGGUUUCACUUGAAGAAACAUGUCCUCUUAAGAAAAGAUGUGAUAACUUGAGUCAAGUUUCAAAAGGUUUUUCAUGCCAAAGAGAGGAGUUGUUUGUGAAAUAGGUACACAUACUGAUGAAAAGAUUAAUGUAGUUAGAAGUUUUGUUUCUUUUGCAUCUGUAUAUUUAGAUGUCUUCUUUGUGAAAGAAUUUAGUUACCAUUCAAAGUAUCAACUUCAUUAAGUUUGGUCUAAGUCCAUUCCGUGUUUGGCUCUUUGUGCAUGUGAAAAGUUUGUAUUUGUCAAUUUUGGGAUGAGGUCUGAAAGCGAAGCAGCUUCUCUCCAACUGAAGCUUCUCGUUUUCUUUCAAGAAGAACUUUAAAGUUUGACAAUUCAAAAGAAGAAUGUGUUUUGAGAACUUGACAAAUCACAUGGUCUUUUUCUUUAUCAAACUGCAGGCUUGCCAACUGGCCCCAGUUUCAUGGCACUGUCCCGGGUUCGACAGUUGGAUAUUUGAGAGCCCUUUUACAUACACAACAUCCAAACCAGUCCCACUGUAUGUAGUUUUGUUCAUUGUUUGCUAUUCUGGAGUAGGGUGUCCCUGGUUGGGUUUUGAAGAUGUUGGCAAGCCAGAAACUGAAAAGUUAUGAUGUAAAAUGAUAACCACAGUAUUUACAAUACUCAUUUAAAAAAACAAGAAACAAACAUUGUUGGUCUUCACAUAUUUAGACAGAGCUGGGAAAUACUUUCAAGUAUCUGAUUUUGUUUCAAGUGUUUUGUUACAAAAAGUUUAUUUAUAAAGAUACACACAGUAUUUUGAACUUGGCUAUUUCGUCACAAUUGUCUUGUCGGUGUAUGUGUUUAAGGGUGAAAAGGUCUGCAAGGGGCUGUCACGUUUCAUUUUCCAGAGCUUUAAAUCCUAAAAAACAGACAUCAGGUUUUUUGUUUUAUCGCUAAAUGCUCUGCUGCAUAAAGGAAACAGGCAGCAUUGACAGUAUUUGCACUAUAUGUUGAAGAAUCUAUUGUAGAUUCUGAGAUCUAGUGCAAAAAUAAGAAUAAGAUGAAAAUUAAAGGAAGCUUUUCCUUUUCUGGCCCUUUGAUUGUCUGGGCUUGAAUUCAUUCGUCUGAAAUUUAGAUGAAUGUGUAGCACCAGUUGUUUUUUUUAUAACUGAUUACUUGUAGCAUGACAAUGUGAAUGAUAUUACUCUGCAGUUUGUUCCCCUGCUACUAUUAGCUGACUCGAGCAGAUGCCACCAUACAUCAGUAGGUUGUGCUUCAUGUUGACCAUGACAUUAAGAGGUCCACAUCAUAUCAGAGUCAUGCUUUUUCAAGGAACUCAUGUUAGCUCAACUUUCUUGGUGCAAUGUAUGUUGACUUUGUGGCAUCAUUAGUGUAUAUUCACCCUGGCAAACAGAAAAUUUGAACCUUUUGUUUUGCUCUUUACUUUUAGAGUACACCGUCGUGUAUUGGAGCUCUCAGCAAUCAAAACAUUCUGCGACAAGAUUAUGUCUGCAUGAUAAAUACCUGGUAGCUUUCAGAGAGCUGGAUGAAGUUUUUGUAUUUCUUUGUUUAACUUUCGAGCUCAUUUAUACCCUGCGUCUGCAACAAGGCACAGUUUCUUGUGCAAUGGUAUUAAGUCAUGUGGGCUACUUGGUUACCUUACAUUGACAAUUGUUUUUGUAAAAGGAGUUCUAGAGAGGCUUAUAAAUGCAUAGUGACAAAUUUAUUACUUCCUUCUUCACACUUUUUAUCCACUUCUGUACUUUGAGCAUUUUGUUCUGUGUAGCCUAUUUAGAAGGCUUAUGGUGUUUUUGUGUAUUUUUUAAAAUUUUCUUUUUCCUCCUGCUGAAAAGUUGGCAAACAAGAUCUGUGUAAUUUUAUUUUUUUGUUGUUGUUACCUUUGAGUUAUGAUUUGUUUUUGUGACAGAUAUUUUAGUCAGAUGUUUUAACCGCUCUGAUCUAAUGCAUUGUUUUCUUGAGCAAAUCAAAUUUUUAAAUGGUGCGUUGGCUUUUUUUGAGGUCUGAAGAAGUGUGUUUUUGUGCUAAAGUAGGGUAUGUAAAACUUGAUUUUGAAUGCUUCAGUGAAAAAUGAAACUGUGUGUGUGUCUGUAUUAGAAUACAAUACAGUCAUUGUGACUUUGACACCUGUUGUUGACCUAGUCCUCACAUGUUACAUGGCAAUCAAAUCAGACCUACUUUUAUUUAUAUAUUCCUUCUCUUUUCAAGAUGAACCUUGUUUGUUCAACUUCCUGUGUUGAACUUGUGUAGGUUUUCUUGGGCCGUUUUGUUUAGAUUUGGUGUUUAUUUUGUCUGUAUUUUAUGAACCCGCGCUGCAUCAAAUAAGAUGUUUUAUUGUGUCUGUCAUGACAAAGAAAGGGUCUUUUUAAAUUUCAGUUUGUGUGAAGUUUGAUCCUGAGCCCACCCCCCAUUCUGUUCAUCGAAUGGUACCAUAUCCAUGUGUGUCUGAGUAACUUAUCGCGUGUGUGAGUGAGGGCAUGUGUUAGGAUGUGUCGUGUGUGUUUGUAUGUGUGCGUACAUGCAUGUGUGUGGGUAUGUGCGUGCUGGCAUGUGCAUGUGCGCAAUCACAUGUGGAUGGAUUUAGCAAAGUGUAGGUUUUUCUUGAAAUUUGCGGUUUUCCCAGUGGCCCACUGAUUCUCAACUGUCCGGUAAUAGGCUGGCAGUCGAGAAGAUUCCCACCCCCUUCUGUCCUGGUAGCCACAUUCCACCUAUGUGCAUCUGCCCCUGCUCAGUUAUUAGAAAGCUUGCAAGCUGCUUCUUCCUUGUGCCAAACUAGAGUAGAUGGUUGCAAUGCUGCACCAGUGAUGGAUGUGAACUUUUUUUGUCGUCCCCCUUACCCAGACCCCCUGUGUUUGACCACUGAACCUUAACUCACACUGAUGUUGUUUCUGCAUUUGUUUUAGUUUCUGUAUAUAUUUGGUUGUAGUUGUAGUAAUUUAUUUGCUUUUUAGAAAUUUAGUAACUUUUUGUUGUUGUUGUUGCUGAGAGAUGAGCUCGAAAGAAUUUCAUGUACAUCUGUGGGAAUUUUCUCUCUAAUAUAUGUACAAGUGUACUUAUAUGGACAUAUCAAAGUGGACAAUCUCUAGUAAGAAUUUGCACUUCUUCAAUCUCCGAACUCAUUUUCUGGGUUGCAUGAGGAGUAAAUUUAGUUUAUGUGAUGUGUGAUUAGGGUCAACUCAUGGUUCUGAUUCAAAUCCUUGACAGGGCAUUCUAGAACUCUGGUUGUAUUGGAGUUUUUGAUCCAAGGCUCUCCACCCACUUGGCUGAAUCCAAUUGGAGUUGGAGACUGACAUUAAAUUCUAAAAUUGUGCUCUAUAGGUUACCUCAAAGUGUUUAUCGGAGGGACAUAUUGUAUCCACCACAAACCAUGCCUCCCAUUCUUCUCUCAACAUGUGGGUGGUUGGCAGGCGCUUUGGUAUGGUUUGCUCCUUCUUUCCUUUGAAACAUUUAGAGCCCAUAUAUCCUUCUCCAUGUUUUCUUUGUAUGUUAUUCUCUAGAAAUACAUCUAAUGUUUGGCAUUUAUGUGACCUAAUGUUUGUUGCAAGUGCUGUAAAACUAACUUGUAACUAAAACAAAAAAACUGGUCGGGUCAAAAGCCAAGAAAGUUUCAUUGGUCUCACUUCCCUUAUAUUGCCUAAAAUACUAGUUGCAAAUUCUUUCUGGCUGUGAUGAUACAUUUAAUUCCUCAGAAUAAGGCAAGGGACUUUGAUGUUGGCAGCCCUGGUUCAAAUCUAUAUCACCAGCAAGCUGUUUGGAGAGUCUUCAAAGUUCUAAAUUGUUGAGGUGGGGGGUGGAGGAGAGAAUUGUUUUGUGGUGGAAUGCUUUCCAAUAGCCAAAAGUUGUGUUAAAAUGGGUCCUACACUUGAGAGUCUUUUAUUCUGUCUUGUGAACUCCACUUAUAAAUGUAUGAUUGGAGAAAUGUCGUAUGAUCAGUCAAGCAGUUGAGUUUGAAUGGAACUGAAUGUAUGCAUAUCCUGCCAGCUGAGUUUAUUACGUACAAGGAUAGAAGACUUGCCCUACGGCGCCCACAUCUCAUCUCGUCCUCUAUGCUUCCGAUCCCUGCCCCCUACCCCAACCAUUUGUCAUUUCCUAUGCCCUGCUGCUCCACCUCCCAGUCCUGUACAAGUCUCAGAGCUGACCGCCUUGAGCAAAUGCUAGUUAGUGUGUUGUAGUGUGUCUGAACCGUCUCUGUAUUUUUAUUUUUAUCGUAUUUCGCAUUAUACACUAGAAGCCAUUAAUAACUUAAAUCAAUCCUCUUUUGUACACCUGAAUUAUUAGCAUGAUUAAAUCUCUGACCCUUGAAGCUUGUUUCUCCUUCUCAUUGUCAUGUCAGUACUUACUACAUUGUUUGUUGUCAUCUACUUUUCUUUAAUAGAAAGUAAGUAUUAUAGAUCUUGAGGUAUGAAAAACCAAGUGCAAUUUUGUUUUUGUUUUUGUUUGUUGUAGAUACAGUUUUUCAGUGUUUCCUGGAUUUUAGAAACUUUCCUGGAUUUGGGAAGAUUUUAGAUUAGAUCAAUUGGACAUAAAUGAGUUUAGCAAAGGCUGUGUUGGAAUUGCUUCAUGUAGAUACUCCCACACAGUUCUUCAUUGCAUUGAGAGAUGCCUUUUGACAUUUGUCUCUAAAUUAUGGUAGAUUUAGAUCUAUAUCUGGGUAUAAAACUACAUGUUAUUAGCUAACCCUGAUUCUCCAUAAUGAGAUAAGUUGUGUACCUCUGCUGUUCUUAACAAAUUGUUAAUAGAGAUAUUUUGAGUGUCUUCAUGCCAAGGGGUUGAAUCUUUUGCAAGAUCACAUUCUGUCUUCAAGUCAGCUAAUGAGGCUGUCAGUUUUUAACCUCACUGUUUGUAAAGUGCAGAUGAAGAUGAAGAUCCAAAUGUAAUUUCGAUUAAAACCUUUUGGUUGAGACUUGAGAUCUGGCUCAUUUCACUGACUUUUCUCUGCUCAUAUUUGCUUUAUCUUACUGGGUUUCUGUCUGUUUUUCGUUUCUCUUUCUUGUAGUCUAUCUUCUUGUGCUAUUUUCUUUCUUCCUUUUCCCUCCCUCUUUCUUUCCCUAUUUUUCAUCCUCAAAGCCUCCUUUUUUGUUAGUGUUUCUAUCUAAGUCUAUGCUCACUGGGCUAGCUUCUUGAUGUACUGAAAAUAAAAGGUCAAAAUAUUUUUCA